AUGAAUAAACAAUUAAACCAAACAGCGACAGCAAGAAAACACAAGAUUGUGGAAAAAACGCGGGUGCUGGUGGUCGACUUUAAUGUUUGAAAUCUUGCACAAGUGAAGGAUGACAGUUCACUGAGCAGCGAGGAGGAGGCAGAGAUGAGCGAGCCCACAUGGUUAGCAGCUGAUCUGGGAGCAGCGUCUGACCUGAGCCCGGCCAGCCGAGGGGAGAGGAUGCGCCACAGUCCGCAGAACACACACAGCAAGGAGGACGACGAGGAUUCCUCGUCAGAGAGCGGCAGUGGGAGCGGGCUGCCGGCUCUGACCCCCCCCUCCUCCGCUGCUACGGACGCUGCUAUAGUCAGGGAGACCGGGGUCGUCAAUGGCAACGGCGGCCCCGGCCCGCUGGACUUCAGCACGCCUACGUCCUCCUCCUCAUCGUCUGAGGACCAGCAGCCCAUGAACCUGAGCGACCCCCCCCCUCAGCGCCUGUCCUCCUCUCACUUGCCCGUCACCGUGUCGGCGGCGGCGGCGGCGCUGCUCGGCGCUCUGCACCCCGAGGAGCUCCGCAGGAAGUACCCGCUGGCUCCCAAACCCUCGCUGACCCCACACGCUGCCCUGCCUCUGCCACACACACACACACCUCACACACAUAAUGCACACACUCCCAACACACACUCGCAGUCCCACUCACAAACUGCCGAGCUGCGACUGGAACGAGACGGCAGGGAUUACGGGGGCAAGUCCCCUCAGUACAGUUCUGGCGGCAGCUACGACAGUGUGAAGAUGGAGUUGGGAGCCGAGGAUCUGACCACAGGACGCCAGGUCGGCCCCGACGACGACGACGACGAUCAUGACGACCAUGACGACAACGACAAAAUCAACGAAGCAGAGGGAGUCGAUCCCGAGAGACUAAAGGCCUUCAAUAUGUUUGUGCGUCUGUUUGUGGACGAGAACUUGGAUCGAAUGGUUCCCAUCUCCAAACAGCCCAAGGAGAAGAUCCAGGCCAUCAUCGAGUCGUGCAGCAGACAGUUCCCAGAGUUCCAGGAGCGCGCCCGCAAGCGCAUCCGCACCUACCUCAAAUCCUGCCGACGCAUGAAGAAGAGCGGCAUGGAGACCCGCCCCACUCCGCCUCACCUCACCUCGGCCAUGGCUGAGAACAUCCUGGCUGCUGCCUGCGAAAGUGAAACACGCAACGCCGCCAAGAGGAUGCGCCUCGACACCUAUCACGACGAGCCCGUCUCCCUGGACAAAGCGUCCGGUGGGGGGGGGGGUCUGCGGGAGCCGGCGUCCCUCGCUCACUCGGCCUACUCCCUGGCCGCCUCCGCCUUCUCCUCCCAGGACUCCCAGCUCUACAUCAACGGGGCCGGCCUCAGCUACGGUUACCGUGGAUACCCGGGCCUGGGCGCUGCCAUGCAACACCCCGUUUCCCAGACGACCGGAGCUGCUAGUCAGAGCAACGGUCCCACAGACCUCAGCAUGAAGUCUCUGUCCUCCGCCAACAUCAGUAACUCCUCCUCUGCCUCCACCAACAACAGCCUGGGUGGGCGGGGCAGCGGGGGUGGAGGAGGGGGCGGGGCUUCCACCCAGCUCAGCCAACCAGAGAUCACUGCCGUGCGUCAGCUGAUCGCCGGCUACCGGGAGUCGGCCGCCUUCCUGCUCCGCUCGGCCGACGAGCUGGAGAACCUCAUCCUGCAGCAGAACUGAUUCGGG